GUCUGACCAAAUCAUCAUUCUUCAGUUUUACCAAUUGUCGUCUUUCGAGUCCCAUCGACACAAUGCCUUUUAACUACAACAAAGUUCUCGUCCUAGGCGCCACUUCUGGCAUCGGUUGGGCUCUUGCAAGUAAGCUCGUCCAAAAUGGCACUUCGGUCAUUGUCACAGGCCGUAGACAAGAGAGGCUGGACGAGUUCGUCUCUCAGCACGGCAAAGAGAAGGCUGAGGCCGUACAGUUCGACAUCACGAAGCUGGACGCUAUUCCAGAAUUCGUUAAAAAUUUGAUGGAGUCUCACCCGGACAUCGACAGCAUCUUCCUGAACUCUGGCAUUCAGAGAGGAUUUGACUUCUCGAAGCCAGAGAGCAUUGACCUCAGCUCAGUCUCGGAAGAGAUGAAUACCAACUACAUCUCAUACAUCCACUUGGUCACUGCCUUUACCCCAUACCUUCAAAAGCAAAGCAAUCAGACCUCCUUUGUUUUCACCACAUCUGGACUAGCAUUGGUCCCCAUGAUCAGAUGUCCCAACUACUGCGCUUCCAAGGCAGCACUGCACCACUUCAUCCUGGUGCUCCGAGAGCAGCUCAAGAACGGACCUGGCAAUAUCCAGGUUAUCGAGAUCUUCCCUCCUGCCGUGCAAACCGAAUUACAUGACGAGAAGCACCAGCCGGACAUCAAGAACGGCGGUCAAAUCGGAAUGCCUUUGAAGGACUUCACGGAGGCUACAUGGGCAGGACUUGAAGCUGGCAAGGACCAGAUUCCGGUGGGCAUGUCGGAGGGCUCAUUCAACGGAUGGGAACAGGAAAGGCAGAAGGCGUUCCACGGUAUGAAUGCGCAUAUCGCAAAGAUGAUGGCACAACAUUCAGAGUAGAGACAAGAUGUAGGCAGACUACUCGUAGAUAGAUGAAGAGGAAAUAGUAACUAUAGGUGGAGGAUACGAACACGACAUGACGUUGCUGGAGGCUUGGCCAGGCCGCGUGCAUGUGAAACAUCAGAGCACUGCCCACGCGCGACCCGAUUCCACCAGCGAGUCUUCUUAAACCCCCUCCUUCCCUCGGUCGAAGAAGCGAUAAUUACUGCUCGUCAACUCUCAGCCAUGGCACCAUUCGAGGAAAUGCAGAUUGCUCAGCUCAACCGGUCGAUCCGGACCAUCAAAGCGG